AUGGCUAGCCAAAAAAAUAUAUCAGCACCAGCACAUGCACAUACAACCAAAUCUGGAUAUAUGAGAAAUGUUCCAUCAACGGCACUUUGGCCGCUGGCAGCCGCUGUAAGGGUGAAACAAUUGAUUGAGGGUGUUUACUCGGAUAUAAAUGCCCUCGGCUAUCGGAGCCGCAGUAGCCGUAGUCGAAAAAAAAACCAUAAACACAAGUCCCCUCAGUCUUCAAGUGCAUCUGCUCACCCGGUCGGAACUCCUUUUCCCCAAGAAGAUGCACAUGGUGCCAACAAAUCGAGGGGCCGAAGGUCACGCUCGAAUACAGAAACGCCUUCGGACAACGGGGGAAGUGAACAGCAGAGGGUUCGAAAUAAUAUUAGAAGCCAAAUGCACAACGGCGUGGGCAGUAUUAGCGUCCCAAAUACGACCCAAAACCCUUCAAGUAUACAGAGAGUCACAUCUCCGAGCUAUGAUACUGAACGGCAGAUUAGAACAAUGCAUAGUAUACUCCAAGGAGAAGUGGGGUAUCAGAAUCUAAAUUCUAGAAAUUUCUCAGGAAAUAGCGAAAUCUCGGUUCUUUCACGGGUCGAAGAUAUGAACCUCCCUCAAGUCUUCCAAGAUUUUAAAGAUAUAUUCUCUAGAGCACACGACUGGUGCAGGGAACAUUCCCUACACUCCCCGCCCUCGCUAGAAUGGUGGAACAAUAAUACCACAGACGGUGUCUCAGAGUUACCAGGUGUUCUUGUUUCAAACUCGAAAACCCCGUUGGAGUUCAAUCAGCUCAAGAUCUACACCAUUGGCGAACUGGGCAGAGCAUACCUCUGUAGCAAAAUCGUGGAAGGCAUCUUUCCAGACCCAGAAUCAGAUCCGUCCCUCCCGUUAAGUAACGAUCCAAAUUUCGAACCAAAGGACCUCUGGGCGGAAGAGCAUAUUGCAAGAUACUUGGCCGGCCUAGAAGCGGAGAUUCAUACAGUGAAUGCUGGACGCCCACAUACCCUUGCAAAAAUCGAACUCUGGAGAUCCCACACAGUAUCCCUCUUAAACCCCAUACUGGAGGAUAACGGAGCCGCCCUCGACCCACAAUCGCGCGGAGGAAUCUUCGCCGAGAGGCUAUUCGGGCGGUAUGCCCAAGUAAUUGGUAUCCGAGAUACCACCGACCAUAUAGCCGCCAAAGCAGAAUUCGACCAGAUGAUAUCAAAGGCUAUCAGGGUAUCACGACAACUAAGACAGCAUCACCUCAAAUUCAUUGUCAAAUACCCACCAGGUUCCGCCCCUGGUCAUAGAUCUUCAUCACUCAAUUGCAAAGCCCCGAACAAGGCCAGAGCCGUUCAUGACGAUGGGACACUCGAAGCCCUGGAGGAGCAGGUUGAAUCCCCAGCUGGACCAAUAAAGCGUAAUCCCAAUGAAAUCUCUAUAGUCUAUCGUCCCAUACUACACAUUCUCGGGUCGAAUGGUAGGGUGCAAGCUACACCUGUCAAAGUUGGCUGUCUACGCUAG